AUGGGUAUCGAUCUCAACAGCCACCACGUCAGGGGCACGCACCGCAAGGCCCCCAAGAGCGACAAUGUCUACCUCAAGCUCUUGGUGAAGCUCUACCGCUUCCUGGCCCGCCGUACCGAUGCUUCCUUCAACAAGGUCGUCCUCCGCCGGCUCUUCAUGUCCAAGAUCAACCGCCCGCCCGUCUCCCUGUCGCGCAUUGUGGCCAACAUCGACGACAAGAGCGAGAAGCGCACCGUCGUCAUCGUCGGCACCGUCACCGACGACAACCGCCUCCUGACCUUCCCCAAGGUCACCGUCGCUGCUCUGCGGUUCACCGCGACCGCCCGCGCUCGCAUCAUCGCUGCCGGCGGUGAGGCCAUGACCCUCGACCAGCUGGCCCUCCGUGCCCCGACGGGCGCCAACACCCUGAUCCUCCGCGGACCCAAGAACAGCCGCGAGGCCGUCAAGCACUUUGGUUUCGGCCCUCACAAGCACAAGAAACCCCAUAUCGAGUCCAAGGGUCGCAAGUUCGAGCGUGCCCGUGGUCGCAGACGUUCGCGCGGCUUCAAGGUUUAG